AUGCACAAGGUGUCUCAUCAGAGGAAACCUGAGCCCCAGGAGGCGGUGCAGAGCGACCCGGGCAGGCCUGGCGCGAACCGCGAGGGAGAGCGCUGUGCUGCGCUGAAGACCAGCUGGAGCUUGGCCGCAGAAGACCCCCGCGACCUGCUCCUGAGAUCCCGGCUCCACGCUCCGAAUUUUACAGAUUUCCCCAACCCCCCGCGACUCUAUCUCCCCAAAACGGAGCCUUUAUAUCAAGAGAAGGUGAGAGAGCUGGUGCCUCCAGGACUUUCCCAGGCACCCAAGAUGCGCUCCAUUAGGAAGAGGUGGACGAUCUGCACGAUAAGUCUGCUCUUGAUCUUUUAUAAGACAAAAGAAAUAGCAAGAACUGAGGAGCACCAGGAGACGCAACUCAUCGGAGAUGGUGAGCUGUGUCUGAGUCGAUCACUUGUCAAUAGUUCUGAUAAAGUCAUUCGAAAGGCUGGCUCUUCAAUCUUCCAGCACUCUGUAGAAGGUUGGAAAAUCAAUUCCUCUUUGGUUCUGGAGAUAAGGAAGAACAUUCUUCGUUUCCUAGACGCAGAACGGGAUGUUUCAGUGGUUAAGAGCAGUUUUAAGCCUGGUGAUGUCAUUCACUAUGUGCUGGACAGGCGCCGGACACUAAAUAUUUCUCAGGAUCUGCAUAGUCUACUACCUGAAGUUUCACCAAUGAAAAAUCGCAGAUUUAAGACUUGUGCAGUUGUUGGAAAUUCUGGUAUUCUGCUAGACAGCGAAUGUGGGAAGGAGAUUGACAGUCACAAUUUUGUAAUAAGGUGCAAUCUAGCUCCUGUGGUGGAGUUUGCUGCAGAUGUGGGAACUAAAUCAGAUUUCAUUACCAUGAAUCCAUCAGUUGUACAAAGAGCAUUUGGAGGCUUUCGGAAUGAGAGUGACAGAAUAAAAUUUGUGCAUAGACUUUCCAUGUUGAAUGACAGUGUCCUUUGGAUCCCUGCGUUCAUGGUCAAAGGAGGAGAGAAGCACGUGGAGUGGGUUAAUGCAUUAAUCCUUAAGAAUAAACUGAAAGUGCGAACUGCCUAUCCAUCAUUGAGGCUUAUUCAUGCUGUCAGAGGUUACUGGCUGACAAACAAAGUUCCCAUCAAAAGACCCAGCACAGGUCUCCUCAUGUAUACACUUGCCACAAGAUUCUGUGAUGAAAUUCACCUGUAUGGAUUCUGGCCAUUCCCUAAGGAUUUGAAUGGAAAAGCUGUCAAAUAUCAUUACUAUGAUGACUUAAAAUAUAGGUACUUUUCCAAUGCAAGCCCUCACAGAAUGCCAUUAGAAUUCAAAACAUUAAAUGUGCUACAUAACAGAGGAGCUCUGAAACUGACAACAGGGAAGUGUGUAAAGCAAUAAGCACAUUUGGAAACAUACAAACAAACAAUAUGCACUUCUCUCUGAAGAUGCUUCCUAAGAUUUGAAAAUAGGAUCCAAAACAAGAUUGGGUUUCAACAUCCGCCAAUUAUCUGAAAGGUGAUAAAGGAUAUUCAUGAGAAAUCCACUACCAGCUGAUGAAAUACCUGCAAAGUGCUCUAAAAAAUAAAUAUUUUGACUUCAAGGGUCCUAGUAAGUGCCACUUCCACUAAGAACACAGUCUGAAUGUAUAAUCUGUAGUGUUUACAAGAUCCAACGACGCACUCGUCAUUAGUUAGAGAAGCAAAUCUGUUCAUCACUGUUCGGCUGUCACUGCAACGUCAAGCACAUGAGAAGAGCAACCCAGAAACACAGCUCAGCCCUUGGGGAAAUUAAACCAUCCUUGUCAGCAGAAAUCAACAUGGAAACAGUUUGAGCAGUGAAAUCCACAAGGUUAAACAACUCAAGUAAAUGCCUUCAGUCAGGACUCUUAAUCUAAUCAUGAAUUUCAUGUUUCUGUAUCUGCUUUUGUUUGUCUUCUGGGAUAUCUCUUUUGGUUUGGGUUUUGGGGUGCUUAGAAAUUCUUUCUGAGAUAAACACAAAAGAGAUAAAUAACUGUCAAGUAAUCAUUUUUAAAGUUCUUGUAUUUUUUAAGAACAAUCACACAAUGACUUUGUAAAAAGGUUUUAUUUUUCACAGAUCUUUUUCUAGUUGUGUAGAAGGUACCAGCUAAACUGUACCACUCGGUAAUCUUGAACCAUUCUGAAGGAAAGAUGUUUUAUGUCAUCUGACAUGGUAACAGCAGAAAAAAAAAAGUACUUUGGUACCAAAGAUUAUACUGAUGUUCUACACAGCAAAUCAUUCUCCUUUCAUGAAAAUAAUAUAUUAAUACAUUAUUACCCUACUCAUGUGAAAGUUAUCUAGAUAUUUUCAAUUCUCCCAACUCAAACUUUCCUUUAUUUGAAGGAAGACUUCCACAGAUUUUACAUUUCAUAAUAAUUUUGUGGAAGACUUUGCCCCAAAUAAAUGUUAGACUGACAGGGCUGAAAUGUGAUUUCCAAUUUUUUGAUUUUUCCCUUAUUAUUCAAAUGGAGAGAUGGGUAUGCUCUUUUUAGCAUUAUUAAAUUUUCUUAGUACAAAAAUAACAAUAAUGUCUCCAUAAUAGAUGAUUAAUUUUAGAGGUUAACAAUGAAACUGUGUGUCAGUAUUUUGCACUUCAAAUGAAUUCAAUUGACCAAUAUUUUCUGUGGUUAAAUUUAUGCACGUUAUCACAUUAAUGUGUUUUAAAAGAAGCACAUGAGAUUAGUAAUAAAGUGAUUUUAACAUAUAACAGAAUUGACCAGGAGGCCAGUUUCUGGUAACUUAUAGUAUCAGGUGUAGUAGUAGUAUAAUUCUGGUAGAUAAUUCUGAUGGUAAAUUGUUCUUUAGAAAGCAGAAGUGCUAUAUUCCCACUUCUACUCUUGGCCUGACACAACUUAGAUGACUUCUUGUUUCUUAGGGAAGCCAGUCUGGAAAGAAGAAAUAGCACAGCAAAUGCAUGUGUUUUAUUUCUUAGGGAAUACAGUCUGAAAAGAGCAUAAACAGCAUGGAGAAUAUAAAUAUGUUAUCAUGGAGGAUAGUCACAGUAGUACAAUUCUCAAUAUAUUAAUAAUAUGUACUAUUAUUUUUAAAAUAUGGUAAAACCUUGGGGUACAGAAGACUAUAUUUUCUGAGAAUUCAUGUGUCUCUAAGAAAACAAAAUUGAAUGCAUAAAGGAGAUGCAUAGCUGAAAAUGGAUAGGACAUGAUGCACUUUUAUCAUUAACCUCUUGUCUUUUGGAAUUUUUGCAAGAAUUAGGUACAUUUGAAUACAAAGUUGAAAAGUCUGAUUUCUGUAACAGAUCAAAAGUAGGUGAUUUAUAGAACCUUAAUCUCAACUGUUUAUGGAUAUGUUGUCUGAGUAGCCUUUAAUUUGAAUUCAAUAGAAAUUCUGAAGUCACAAGUAAAUUCUCACAGGUAAAAUCCAUCUCAGAAUUAAAAGUAUGUUUUAAAAAAGCAUCCAGGUACCUUGCCAUUUUUCUCCAUUUUCAACAAAUGUAUUUAAAUGAUUCUGAGGCCACAGCAAAGCAUCCCAGCCAUUCACUGUUCCGUACAUUGGUGUUUAUCUCAUAGAUGCAUUGAGUGGUGCCUUUUUAACUUCACAUUGCUUUGUUACCCCGUGCUUUGUGUUCUCUAAAAUACGUUGCCCAAUUCUGAAAAUGCUCAGCAUAUAAAAAGGGCUUCAGUAUCGACUGAGACUACUUUUGUUCAUCUCAGGGAACUUUCAAUACUCAAGAAUGAAUUCAAUUAAAGGCAUUUAGUGUUCAAGAAAGA